CAGGGCCUAAUUGAGAGGGUUGCAGUUAUUUUCUAUGAUAAGGAUCACAUUCCAGUCGAGCGAUUUGUGUUCAAACUCACAGUCAGCCAAUCACACAGUUCUACAGUUGAGGAGAAUGACCUCGAGUUUGCUCUGAGGGCAUUCCUGGUGAAGUUAACGGUUGCUAAGCCACUUACAAAAUCUCUUCCUCCUGGAAGCAGCUGGGAGAUCACUUCUUACUUUCGUGCCCUUCCUGAUGAAAAUAAUGACACCAAGGCGCAAAUGUGGGUUCCAACGGACACUAAGCAAUGGCUGCAGCCUCCUUGCAUUACACCAAUAAAAUCAAUGAGCAGCGAGCCUCUGAAACUGCAGCUAUAUGUAGAGCACCCCAGCCCGACUGAACCAAAGAUCAAAAUGGAAAAAAAUGACGUUGGAUGCGAGUGAAUUCAAUACAAACCAAAGCUUGGUAAUCUGGUAGGUAGGUGCCUUUCUGCCUUCUGAUAUCUCUGAUAUUUUCUCUUUAUUAUAGGCAUAUAAACGUGUUCAUUUGGCUUUUGCUUGCUUUGUUUGUCAAAUGGAAGGAAGCAGGGUAAAAUUUUUCUGGAGCAGCUUUGCUUCUUUUUAUUUUCUUAUUUUUUCACAGAUUUUGUUGAUGCGGCUGUUGCAAUCAGAUUGUAUCUUUAGAUGUCCAGAAAGUUACCAUUUAUAUAUGUUAAGUUCUUUAACAGUCGAGGCAAAAACUUCUAAACGAUCAUAUUGAAUCCAUGAAACUGAAAAACUUGCGGUUAAGGAGAAAUUGAUGAAAUCAACUUUAAUAGAAUCUGUUUCUGUUA